CCCUCCACCAUCACCAUGGCCCCAAUCAAAGUCAAGAUCAGCGACCUACCAGCAUGUCACGAGCUAACCUCGAUCACGCUUACUUUCUAUUCUGAAGUUGUCAGUCUAUCGCAAGACGCGAACGGGAAGCACUCUCGUCAGGUGUAUUCCAUUCAUCUUCAACACUCCUUACGGUCCAGCCUUUGAGGGACAGCUUUGACCGCCGAUUUCAGACUCGUGACAACUGGUUAGAUGGCGUGGUUCAGCAAUCAAUGGUCGCGACUACAAAAUGCGGUCAACGACACGUUUGAUCCCAUAGGCGACGGCACAUUCUCACCUCAUGCUCAGCACAAUGAUCCAGGUCAAGCCUCGGCUAGUGGGAUCGCUGGUGGCAGCUCGGGCAGGACUCCGUUUGGCAGAGCGAACUCUGGCACUACGGAUGGGGCACCUAUCAAGCACAUCAAUGUAGCGUGGGGCAAGCAAAGGUUAUCCAUCAACCUGCCACCAAGCCCACCACCAACGCUGGGCAUUCUCAAGGCGCACAUCGCCACUCAAACAUUCGUACCCUACGACAACAUCAAGCUGAUAUCGUCGGGGUUCAUUCUUCGUGACGACCGAGCCGCCUUAACCUCUUUUGGCCUCAAAGAUGGAUCCAAGCUGACCCUGGUAGGCUCGACAGACGGACCUCCUCCCAUCGGAGAUCGACCGGGUGGGAAAGCGCCUCCUCCACCUCCCCCAAAAGAAGAGCAAGAACCGGAGAGCGAAUCUUCGUUGAUUUCUCGCAUAGAGACGAUCCUGAACGGGGUGAGGAGGGACUUGGGACCGGAUAUAGAGGCUUUCUGUGCAGGUUCGCAGCCGCCUACUUCUCCUGCCGAGAGCAGAUCCAAGACGCAAAAAAGAUUGAGCGAGUUGCUCCUGAGGGCUUUGUUGGCUUUGGACAGCGUCGCUGUCACUGGGGAAGAGAGCAGGUUGAAGAGAAAGGAAGCUGUGAAAGAGGUUCAGUCUAGAUUGGACGAAGUGGACAGGGCAUGGGCCGAGAGCAAGAUGGCCGAGAUGGAGAAGAGCAAGGAGGCAUAGAUUGUGCUCCGAAGUCGAAUUCAUCUCUGCUACUACUGCCGUUCCUGACCCACGAGUAUGAAGCUCGGCUUUCCACAACAUCACGGGCCCACAAGCUGCUCUUGCGUCUUUCAGACAGGGAGACAAGUGUCGAGUUAUGUUGCUCUAUCGAGAAUUCAAGCAUGUUUCUUGGACAUCUAUCACCACGCUUGUGAUAGCAGGGGCAAGGUGGGUAAUUGAAGUGACUUUGAAAGGAGCGUGCGAAGAGGGAGUGCACUUCUUGGGCUUCAAAGUUUUCUCUGCCUACGACGGGGCACAAUCAUGGAUUAUCAUUGUUCGUAUAGCGAAGGCCUCGGUCUGACACUAAUCGUCGCGCG